CGCCAGUGUGUGUGUGUACUCCAUCGUGGCUGGCAGUAACGCUUGUUGACGGACCUGUGGUAUUUCAGUUCGGUGUACACCUGGAGCGCCUGACCUAUGUAUGUCUUACGACGGGAUGACACACCAAGAUACUUCGUUAUCUCAUUCAGCUUUACCUGUCCAAGUUAAAGGGCGACCGUAACAUUCGGACUAACAACAGAAUAUUUACUGGACAAGUGCUGUUUAUAUUGGAUUUACUGAGAUGUACAUCUUAUAUUGGACGCCGAAAAUAAAAUUUGCAAACGGUUGGCAACACGGCCGGUUCCAAUAGGUUGUGUAAUGGAAUCGGACAACUGGACGAUUUGGAUGUGAACGCAACACGUGUGCGUAUACAGGUUGUAAACAGGUGAAUGUUCCCAGGCCAUGUCCCGGACUUAGAGGGCCGAUUUUGUCUCUCAACCCGCGUGUGAAAUAGGAGGAGUUACAACAUCGAUUUGUUAGUAAAACAUUCCCAUUGGACCGGAAAUAGACGUACUACACAAUCCGAUUUUCACCUGUAUUGUCGACUGUGUAUCCAGAGUCUUUCAUCCGGAACACCACAUAUACUAUGACUGUACACACGUGUGUAUAAACAUCGCCUGUUAAGAGUUUUAGGACAGUUUGAAUGUGAAUUCUGUGUGUCCACCCGAUGUCCGAAUCCUCCCCAGUAUGAGAUUAAGGACACGAUACGUCGUCUCCUGCUGUGGGAUUUUCUUCCUGGUCUGUACGUAUGAACUUUAUGUCAAUUCUGGGACCGCUAGGGAUCUCAUGCGGUCCGUCUCGGGGGAACAUUUCCAACAUGACGACGGGGAUUUCCUGCACGGGGGGAGGGGAAUCCGCCGGAGGGUGAAGGUGAGACGGGAGGAUACCGUAAAGUACACUGCUGAACAACACCCACCACCUCUGUCCCUUAACACCAGCGGUCAGAGGCUAGUGGCCAUAGCAGCAGACGAAUUUAGAAAAAGCGUGGAUUUGAGAACUGGGAAUCCUCUCAUAGAUAAUUAUGGUUCGAACGACUUACACCGUACAGGAGAGAUGGGCCGAGGUGUGACGUUUGUUGGUACGGAAAAGAAAAAUGUGGCAGAAGCUAUCGAGAAAUAUCACCUGAAUGUGAUCGCUAGUGAUUUAAUUCCGCUUAAUAGGAUGGUUCCGGACUCAAGAAUGACGAGUUGCGCGUCCAGGACGUAUGACCAUGAUCUGCCCACCACCAGCGUAAUCGUACCGUUUUUUGACGAAUGGCCUUCCAUCUUGCUCCGAACUGUCUACAGCAUCGUCAACAGGACUCCACGUCAUAUUCUACAGGAAGUAAUUCUUGUGGACGACGGAAGUGAGAUGGAAGAACUAAGGAAGCCUCUUGCGGAUUACAUAAAAAGCAACUUUCCGUCAGGCUUGGUGAAACUUAUUCGACUUCCGGUCCGGGUGGGCCUAAUAAAAGCCCGGAUACAAGGUUGGAAAAUCUCGAAAGGAAAGGUGGUUGUCUUUUUUGACAGUCACAUGGAGGUGAACAUCGACUGGGUUCAGCCACUUCUUACGGAGAUAAAACAAAAUAGGAAGACGGUGGCUAUGGGUGUUCUGGACUACAUAAACAGUGAGACAUUCGAAUACCGCUUCAAUGAGGGUUAUUUAACACGGUACGGGUUCGAUUGGAGACUGGUCUUUUUUGAAACAUUCUUCCGACAGGACCAAGUGGGAACCACAGAGGACGCACCUCGGCCGGGUGCGGUGAUGGUUGGAGCGGCCUACGCCAUCGAUAGCAAAUAUUUUGGUGAAAUUGGAACAUACGACGAGGGAAUGAAAGUGUGGGGAGGAGAAAAUCUCGAAAUGGCUUGGAGGGUUUGGAUGUGCGGAGGGAGGUUAAUACACCUGCCCUGUUCACACCUGGGACAUAUCGCCCGAACCCAGCCCUACAGUUUCCCGGGGGGUCGUCACCACAUAGAGGUAUAUAACUACAGACGAGCAGUGGAGGUAUGGAUGGAGCCACGCCAUAAAAGUGUCAUCUAUGAUCAUUUUCCAGAUAUGAAGAAUAUGGAUUCUGGUGAUUUAUCGGAAAGACUGAAAUUAAAGGAAAGGUUACACUGUAAAAAUUUUACGUGGUAUUUGGACAAUAUAUGGCCCGAGCUAGCUGUUUUUGACAAGAAUGUGUUCGCCUGGGGAUCAGCAAGAAAUCUCCAAGAUAACCGUUGCCUAGACAACCAUCAAUACUUGUUCCAGGCUCCGGAAAGCCUAUUUUUAGAAACAUGUCAUUAUCAGCUCGCAUCACAGGGUUUUUCCUGGAGACAGGACAAGCUGCUACAGACGUCUCUCCAAUGUGUGGUACUUAAACAGUUGUUUGACGGAGCGAGGCCAAUGCUUGAAGACUGUAUUAUUGGUCCCCGGGACACAUGGCUACACGAGAAGAAUGGAUUUAUAAAGCACGAGAAGAGUGGCCUCUGUCUCGACAUGGAUGUACAGGGCCCAGUCAUGAGGGCCUGUCAGCCACUCGCAAUAUCUCAAAAAUGGCAGUUCAAUAAGUACAACUAUUGA